AUGUCCAGAAAUGGCAUAACAGAAAGCCUCCCUUCGUAUUUCGAAGAACUUCCGACCGAGACCAUCUGGAUGAUCGCCUCGCUCUGCAAUCAUAAGACUAUUGCAGCUCUAGCGGCCACCUCUUCCCACAUUCGAUUAAAGGUCCUACUGCGUAUUCACAGGAAAAUACGGCUCACAGGUCACCAGAAUUCACUGGAAGGACAACUUAACGACUUCUUGGAGCACCACACCCCCAUCAAGCCUCGUGUAUGUAGCACAAGCACAAUUAGAUCUGCAACCAUAUCUGUUUUCGAGAAGCCUGAGGAGAACAUUAUAUGGGCGGGUCUGUAUGCAGGUGCCAAUUCCCGCCCUACUCUUCUCGAGACCAGGCGGACGCUGCCAAUUUCCGAAGUUCUCCAGGCUAUGCCUAACCUACGAUCAUUGAGCCUGCACCUGAAGUUCCUGGACCCUUUACAGGAACUUGAACUGUAUGACGGAAUGCAGAAGGCGGGAGAUACCGAAGUCCAAUACCUGCGAAUCGACUCCUCGAUGCGUGUCAUGGAAAAAUUACUCGGAUCAUGCCCUGCGCUCACAACACUAGAUAUCGACCAUGCUGUUACACUGGAACAGCUUCAAAACAUUCCGCCAUCAGUCAAGCGCCUGGCCGUGACUCUGCAUCUUGAUACGAACAAUUCCAUGGUCUGGAUCCCAUCGCUCUGUGUUGAGAACAUCCGUCAUAUUGUAAGGCUCAAUAGUGGCCUUGAGGAACUUAUCCUGCGCGAUUCCGAGAAGAAUUUUUCGCCCUUUGAUCGUUCUGCGAUUGAAGACGGAAGGGGGUUGGAUGAGCUUUUCAAAGAUACUUUCUACGAAGCUGUCGAGGAAUUGAGCCAACUACCAAAUUUGAAGCAGCUAGCAAUCUGUGUAUGGAAGAGUGUGCCUUUACAAAUUCUUAACCACACUCAACGAUUUCUACUGAAUAAGCACGAGUGGUACAAGGACUGGUACCAGGACUGUCUCCGGAGAUUAGGAGAAGCUCUACCACAUCUUCAACGUAUAUGUAUCCUCUGCGACUUCCCCUACUUUUGGCAGGGUACCAGGCGGAUGCCUGAGGGAACGCUUUUCACCCAAGAAAUUAUGAAGGGCGAUAGACAAACGUUCCCCGGCACAUUCGAGAGAUAUAGCCUAGAGCUGGAACUUCCAAUGGCCCAGUGGUGA